AUUGGCCGAUAUUGGGCGCCGUAAUAAAUAAAUAAAUAGCGAGGAGAGACUGCAGACGAUCUGCUGAUGUCAGGCGCUUCAGUGGUGCAUUUAAUGCUGCAGGGUGGAUCAGGUCUUCUUCAUCUCUAUUCACACAUGCGAACCUGACGACCAAGAUGCGGACUAUCGUCAGACAAUGCGUGUUUAUAUCGACGGUAUUACUGUAUAUGAUUCCGUCGGCCAACACCGGAAAAAGGGUUUUUAAAUGUCCGUCCUCGUGGAGCUGCUCAAAGGAGUCCAUCAUAUGCGUCGGUUCUUCUAACGUCCCGAAAUUAAUCCCCAACGAUGUCAGCUCACUGAGUAUUGUGAAUGGGACCUUCUCCGAGAUCAAGGAGGCGAUGUUCACGCAUUUGCCAUCCUUACAGUUACUGUUGCUUAACUCCAAUGCUCUCACUACAAUAAGGGAUGAUGCAUUUUCUGGCCUUUCACACCUGGAGUACCUGUUUAUAGAAAACAACAAGAUUGAGACAACAUCAAAAUACUCUUUCAGAGGACUCAGAGAUUUGACCCACCUGUCUUUGGCAAACAACAACAUUAAAGCUUUGCCACGAGAUCUUUUUGCAGAUCUGGAUUCAUUGAUAGAGCUGGAUCUGAGAGGUAAUGCCUUCGAAUGUGACUGCAGAGCGAAAUGGCUGAUGUUGUGGCUGAAGAGCACUAAUGCCAGUGUAUCAGACGUCAUCUGUGCUGGGCCUGAAGAGAUGAAGGGCAAACGUCUCAAUGACAUGACAAGCUUACAUAAUGAGUGCUUCUCCACAGAUUUUGUUCCCCUCCACUCCGUGUCUACCGAGUCUUUAUCCGUGGACACUUUCUCCUACAAAAAUGAUGUGUAUGUGGCCAUCGCUGCUCCCAACAUAGAAAGCUGUAUGGUUCUCCAGUGGGACCACAUUGAGAUGAACUUCAGGAGUUACGACAACAUCACAGGUCAGUCCAUUGUUGGCUGCAAGUCUGUGAUCAUCCAGGACCAGGUCUUUGUCAUCGUAGCUCAGCUCUUUGGCGGAUCUCACAUCUAUAAGUUUGAUGAGGACCAAAGCAAGUUCACAAAAUUCCAGGACAUUGAGGUGUCUAAAAUUUCCAAACCGAACGAUAUUGAGUCCUUCCAGAUUGGCAACGACUGGUUCUUCAUCAUCGCUGACAGCUCUAAGGCUGGGCUGUCCACCCUCUACAAGUGGAAUGACAAGGGCUUCUACUCGUACCAGUCCCUUCAUGAAUGGUUUCGUGAUACAGACGCAGAGUUUGUCAAUUUGGAUGGCAAGGCGCAUCUUAUCCUGUCGAGUCGUUCUCAAGUACCGGUCAUCUACCAGUGGAGCAAAAGCACUCAGAAGUUUACACUGCAUGGGGAGAUUCCCAACAUGGAAGAUGUAGUUGCUGUCAAGGCCUUCCGCAUCAAAGAGGAGCUGUAUCUGGCCAUGACGCGAUACAUUGGUGACUCAAAGGUCGUGCGCUGGACUCCCAAGGAGUUCACUGAGAUUCAAGCAAUUCCUUCGAGGGGUUGCAUGAUCCUGCAGCCGUUUUCCUUCAAAGAAAGGUACUACCUGGCUCUGGGAAGCGACUACACGUUCUCACAGAUUUAUCUGUGGGAUGCCGAAACAAAGGUUUUCGAGCGAUUCAAGGAAGUCUACAUCCAGGCUCCGCGUUCCUUCACCGUGGUCUCCACUGAUAGGAGAAACUUCAUCUUUGCUUCCAGUUUCAAGGGGAACACACAGAUCUUUGAGCAUAUCAUCAUUGAUCUGAGCCUUUAAGUGCUGUUGUGGACACAGUCUCAGUUACAGCAUGUCUGUGUUUGUCCUCCAGGAGGUGGAGAUAUUUUCUGGGCAAACAUUUAUUGGGUGUAUAAAGUUUGAAAGGAUAGUGAAUAUGGCAUUAUCGGUUUUACUGUAAUUAGUAUCAAAUAUCACAUAUGUAUAGUUUACAUUGUUUUAGAGAGGGCCCUAUAAAUUAAAGCUGUAAUGUAUUGAAAUUGUUUUAUAUCAUUUUAAGUUCCUUAUCUCCACUUAAUUAAAAAACAUGUUAUGACAAACGUAUGAUGCAUUAAAAAGUGCUUAAAAGAUUGCAUUUGUCACCUGUAACUAAACACACACACACACACACACACACACACACACACACACACACACACACACACACACACACACACACACACACACACACACACACACACACACACACACACACACACACACACA